ACCCUAGUCGGUUGAGCAUCAAAUGGCGACCGAAGAAGCAGUGGUUGUGGCGGUGGAGUCUGUUCCUGAUCUGCCGCUGGUGGUGGCGGCGGAUGAGGCGGCGGAGGUGGAGCAACCGGCGGCGAAGUCGAAGAAGGCGAAGGAGCCCAAAACAAGGAAGCCUAGGAGCCCUCCAUCUCAUCCCCCAUAUGUUGAGAUGGUUACCGAGGCAAUUGUGACAUUGAAGGAGAAAAAUGGAUCGAGUCAGUACGCGAUCACGAAGUUUGCAGAGGAAAAGCAUAAGAAUCUUCCGGCGAACUUCAAGAAAUUGUUGUUGUUCCAUUUGAAGAAGCUAGUUGUAUCUGGUAAACUUGUGAAGGUGAAAGGCUCGUUCAAGCUUCCUGCAACUCGGCCUUCUGUGCCGAAGCCUGUUGCUAGUGCUCCAGCGAAGAAGAAGCCGGCUCCUGCGAAGCCGAAGACUGUGAAAGUGACGUGGCUUUUGUUGGAAUUGUACUGAAGAAGCUCAUCGUCCUGUGGACUGUGGCACUGUGUCAAAGUGGAUUUUGAAGAACAGCGCAGAAUCUGAAAACAUGAAUUGGAUACUAGCUAAUUCCAAGCCUUGUCCGAAGUGCAAGCGACCAAUUAAAAAAAAACCAAGGCUGUAUGCACAUGACGUGCACACCCCCUUGCAAAUUUGAAUUCUGCUGGCUAUGCCUUGGUGCGUGGUCUGAUCAUGGUGAGCGGACAGGCGGUUUCUAUGCAUGUAAUCGAUACGAGGCAGCUAAGCAAGAGGGAGCAUAUGAUGAAUCCGAGAGGAAGAGAAGAGAGAGAGCUAGUGUAUGCAUGUAUCUGUGUGUGAUCAGGGAGAGAGAGAAAAAUCGGAAGUGUGUAUUGAGUGAUGGCAACAGUGAGGUGCCGAGAGGGAGAGUGAGGUUUGAAUUGGUUGAGAUCCGGCGGGCGGUCAAGGCAAGGUUGCCGCCCGCCGGAAGGCGAAGAACACCAAGAUCUUUAACCUAUAGCUCUGAUACCAUGUAAGAUAAAUUGAUAGAGAGAGAUACAGAGAGAAUGAAUUAUGUAUAUUGAUUUAUGUAUUGAAUGUAUUUUGUACAAUGGUUCAGGAGCUCCUUAUAAAGGAGAAGUUUACAAA